AUUAAUGGACGACUUCCUUAAAGAUCAAAUCCAAUAUGGCUGCCUCGUGAAAGAAACAUGUGCUUAAAUUUAAAAAUGUGGAAGUUCUCGGUGAUCAAAUGAAGUCAUACCAACGGAGUUAAUAUAGAUUUUGGUUUAUAUCAGUUAGUAUACUAAUGAUUCAGUCAUGGGUGAAUUUAGAGUCCACAGAGUUCGAUUUUUUGAGUAUCAGCCUAAAGCUAUACAGUGUAUUGUGUAUGGAAAAGAAAUAAAUAAAAUUGCCUUAUCUAGGUCAGAUGGUUGUAUUGAAAUAUGGGAUCUAGAUAAUGACUGGUACCAAGAAAAGGUUAUACCAGGAAGUGAAUCUAAAUCUAUAGAGACCCUAUGCUGGCAAGGACAGCGGUUGUAUUCAGCAGGACUUGAUGGCGAUGUGGUCGAGUAUGACCUCAAGAAGUUAGAGCCGAAGGCCACUGCCUCCUGCAAUGCUGGUCCUGUGUGGUGUCUAACUACAGAUUCGCAUGGAAAAUUUUUAGCUGCGGGUUCAGAGGACGGAUGUGUGGUGUUGUUUGACACGGAUUAUAGCUCAUUGCAGUAUUACAGGUCUUUUGAUAAACAGGAAGGUCGAAUCCUGUCCAUCGCAUGGAACACCAGUCUGGAGGUGAUAUUGACAGGAGGAGUGGACAACAUGAGGCUCUGGAGUGUGAAAUCUGGUCAUGCUGUACAGAGAAUGACUCUGGGAAGGGUGGGAAAAAACAAAGAGACUAUCGUGUGGUGUGUGGCUAUCCUCAGUGAUAUGACCCUGGUCAGUGGAGAUUCCAGAGGGAGAACAAUUUUUUGGAAUGGAAAACAAGGAACUCAAAUAAAGAGCUUUCAAACACACCAAGCCGACGUCCUGUGUUUAGCCGUUCACGAGAAUGAAAAGCAAGUGUUUUCCUCAGGAGUGGAUCCAAAGGUGGUGCAGUAUCAGUAUACCACUACCAACCAGGACAGCGACUGGAAAAUGUGGGUCAGGACGAACAUGUGGUAUCAACACACACACGAUGUCCGGGCCCUGGCCACCACCGGCAGGGAAGUGAUAUCGGGAGGUGUGGACACAAAUCUGCACGUGAAUCGACUUGGAAAGGAGAAAAAUAAACGAAAAAUUAGAGCGAUACCUGUGUAUCAGUUGGUGGAUGUUGCAAAGGAGAAAAAUGCCCUCCUGUUACAGUACCCGGAUUAUCUGGAGCUCUGGAGACUGGGAUACACCAGGAAAACGUCCAAUAAAGAUGGUGAAAUGCUACCAGAGGAAGUUCCUCCCCAGAAAUUGAUCCAGCUAAAAUCCAAAGAUGGUCAGCAUAUCGUCUGUAGUGCCAUAAGUUCACAAGCAAACUGGAUGUCAUACUCCGACUUAGAUGGUCUUAAAUUGUACAAAAUAACAAUGGGUGAUCCAGACUCUAUCAGCCCGUCAGUCAGUCUCAGGAAAAUGAAGAAAUGGUUUCCUCAAUAUUCAGCUCAUCGCAUUGUUUUCACACCUGAUGAAAAGUUUUUAGUCGUGGCAACCUCAUGUCAAAAAAUUGCAGUUGUCUCCCUUGAAGAAGACUCGGUGUCCCUGUUCCACAGCUGGGAUAAUUUCACAGAUGAGUCUAUACACCUUCUGUCUGUGAGCCCGGACAGUGAACUGGUGGCCGUGGCAGAUCUGUCUUAUAAAGUAGCUGUGCUGAAGUUGAAAUCAAAAGAGGUUGUAUGUGAUUUACCGAGUUAUAAAUCAAGAGUAACAGCCUUGACCUUCACAUCAGACAGUAGGAAAUUAAUUACAGCAUACACAGACCAAAAGAUAUACGAGUUUGACAUCCGAAAGAAAGAGUACAGUGAUUGGUGCCGAGAGGUGUGUGAUAAAUUCCCGGAUGCUUGGACACGAAGGCACCAAAAAAUUUGCCGAAUCUCCACCUCUCCACGUUACCCAGACAAAAUAUUCUUCUGUGACUUGGAUAAGUUUUUCAUUCUGGACAAAACUCAGCCAUUCCCAGACAGAAAGGCGAAACCGUUUGACUUGGUUGCCAGGCCAAAUUCUUCUAAAGUGUCAGCCUUUCAUGUUUGCACAAGAUUUCGUUAUCUAAUUCACAUGGACUUCGUUAGAGACGAUUGGGUUGUCAUGGUGGAACGCACUAAGCUAGCCAUGAUGGAGUCGCUUCCAAUGGCAAUGAAACAGAAGAAGUUUGGAACCUGAGGUGGAGGCAACGUCCCACAAAUGCUCAACUCCAGAGUGGAGAACAGAAUAUAUACAGACUCCAGAGAAGUUUGGGGUACACUUCUAUUGACGGGUGUAUGGCACAUGAUGAAAGUGAAUUCUCCAUUUGUCUGCUGUGUCGUCAUCAACUGCAGACAAUGUUCAAUGAUAUUUGUUGUUAACUAUGGACUAAAGACAAAGGGAGAUCAAGUAUCUUCUUUAUGGGAGCUUUGUCUUGUUAUUGAAUGUGUGAAUUUUAUGUACACUUCAGUGAAGGAACUUAUCAAUUGUUUUAUUAAAUGGAUGAAUAUUUUGAA